UUUAAUGAAUUCAAACGCGAAAGAGCACGUUUCCAUCCUUCCGAUAGUUGGUAUUGGUGGGGUUGGGAAAACGGCUCUUGCUAAAUAUGUGUAUGAAGAUAGUAGAUUUGACUUGAAAAUGUGGGUUUGUGUCUCUACUGAAUUUGACGUGAAAAAAAUAGUGAAAGACAUGAUAGCGUGUGCAAAGAGGAAUGAACCAACCGAGGUUGCGAUGGAACUGUUGCAAAGAAAAUUGCGGGAAGAAAUUGAUGGAAAGAAAUACCUCUUAGUUUUAGAUGAUGUGUGGAAUAUAGAUCAAGAAACUUGGCUGAGCUUGAAGACUUUAUUGAUGGGAGGUGCUGGAGGUAGCAAGAUCCUUAUAACGACACGCAUUUCUUGGGUUGCGGAGAUCACCGGCACUAUUCCGCCUUAUUUUCUCGGGGGCUUAUCUGAAAGUGCAUCUGUUGAUUUAUUAAUGAAAAUGGCUGGUCGAAAAAUAGAGCAAAUACAAGAUUUUGACAUGCUAGCCAUUGGCAAAGAGAUAAUUAGAAAGUGCUCUGGAGUUCCAUUGAUUGUUCGAACUGUUGGAAGUUUAUUAUUCUUUAAGAAAACUGAAUCUGAAUGGUUACAUUUCAAAGAUCGUGAGCUCCAAGAAGUGUCUCAAAAGGAAGAGCGCAUAAUAUCUGUUCUCAAACUAAGUUAUGACCAUCUUCCUUCACACUUGAAACAAUGUUUCGCGUUGUGUUCACUAUUUCCCAAAGAUUAUGAGAUAAAGAAGCAGACUUUGGUUGAUCUUUGGGUGGCAGAAGGAUUUAUCCAACCAUUAGAUAGAAGUCAGCAUUUAGAAUUAGAAGAUAUUGCUCAUGGAUAUUUCAUGGAUCUACUAUGGAACAACUUCUUUCAAGAUUUUAAAAAAGAUUCAUACACAAAUGAGGAAACUUGCAAGAUGCAUGAUUUGAUGCAUGAUCUGGCAUGCUCGGUUGCGGGGACCGAGUGUUGGGUGGCAUGGGAUGAUAGGAAAUCCAUACCUGAAGGAAUUCGUCAUAUAUCUCAUAAUAUAUCUUCCAAUUUGAUGGGUAAACUUCCAAUCUCACGCUUGAAAGCAGGCGCACCGAGAACAUUUCUAUCUUCUCGUGGAUAUUGGGAAAUAGAACGAGAAUCAAUGAGUGAAGUAGAUCUAUGCCAACUCAUUCAAAGUUUCAAGAGGUUGCGCAUCUUGGAUCUCCAUACAACAAAUUUCGAGAAGUUGCCAAGGUCCAUUGGCAAGUUGAAGCAUCUCACAUACCUCGAUCUCUCUCACAAUGAUGAACUCAAAAGGCUUCCUAAUGCCAUUACGAGAUUGCAGAAUUUGCAAACGCUUAUUCUCUACAGUUGUGGAUCUCUUGAAGAAUUGCCAAGGGAUAUAAGGAAGCUGGCUAGCCUUCGAAAUCUAGACAUAGAUGGUUGUCGGAAACUUAGUUAUGUGCCAUGGGAACUAGGGCAAUUGAGCUCUCUACAUAGGCUAACGCGUUUCAUUUUGCCCAAAGAUAAAGCUCUUGCUAAGAAUUAUUGCGGACUUGGGGAGCUAAAUGGGCUUAACAACAUCCGGGGAAGCCUUCUCAUUGAAAAUCUAGGAAGCGUGACGGAUGCAACAGUGGAAUCCAGGGCUGCGAACUUGGUAGAGAAGCGUUCUCUGGAAUCUUUGGCACUUGAGUGGGGCAAUUUCGAUGCUGAUGACGCGAUAAUCAAGGAUAGAGAUGAAGCACUAUUAGAUGGACUGCAGCCGCCCUCAAAUCUGAAGAAGUUGGUGAUCAUUGGAUAUAAAGGUGAGAGGUUUUCAAGGUGGAUGUUGAAUAACAGCCUUGUGUCUUCCUUGCCAAAUUUAGUUGAGUUACGCUUAAGUGAAUGCACCAGAUGUAGACGGCUCCCUCAAUUAGGCCAACUACCUCGCCUUCAGACUUUAGGGAUUUAUAAAAUGAGUGAAUUGGAGUGCAUCGAGUCGGAGUGUUUGAAAGGUCUCACAACACUCAAAAAGCUUAGCAUCAAGGAUUGUCCUCGGUUGACUUCCCUCUCAUCACUCGGUAUGCGACAUCUAUCCAAUCUCGUGGAUCUCGAUAUUUGGGAUUGCGAGGAGCUGGAUUUAUCGAAAGAAGAAAGCGGCAACAUCAUCAUCUUAGAUGGAGGCCUUCUUCACAGUCUCCGCUCCGUGGAAAUGUACUCCCUUCCAAAACUAGAAUCUCUCCCACAGUGGCUUCUACAGGCCAGCAAUCUAGAGCGUCUCCGGAUUUGGGAUUGCGACAAUUUGAAGGAAUUACCAGAGCAGAUGGAGGCCCUUCAAUCACUUCAACUGCUUCAAAUCAGAUGGUGCCCCUCGCUGACGUCAUUACCCGAAGGGAUUCGAAGGCUUGCAUCCCUUACUCACCUAGACAUCGUCGGUUGCCCAGUAUUGAGGGAGAGGUGCAAAAGAGAUGGAGGCGAGGACUGGUACAAGAUUGCUCAUAUCCCCGACAUUGACAUACGAUAA